AUGCUUGGUCGACCCGGACGGGAUGGGAGGAUAUCGCCAGGAGCCGCUACAACCGCACGCGCGUUGGCCGGCGUGGGGAAGGAGGAGCUCAGAGCUCACUGGCUCACUGCUCACGCCGCCCCGUUGGUGGCUUCUCCGGCCAAGGCAGGCUUUCCCUGUUUGUGUUGGUGGAAUGUGCUUGCAAUGGAGAUUGAAGAACACACAGCUUCACUUUCAGGAGAGAAUCCCAUCACAAGGCUCCCACCAGAUAUCAUUGAGGGGAUACUUCUCAGGCUUCCCGUAAGCUCUCUACUGAGGCUACGUCGAGUCUGCAAGCAAUGGUGGAACAUGAUCAGCGUCCCUCGCUUCAUCAAAGAGCAUGCCUAUCGUGCACCCAAGCACCUCCUCCUUUACUUGCCUAAAUUGAGUAUAUCUGCAUCCCUCCAUCCCAAGAUUGCCAAACCAUGCCAUGCAACGGUCAUUGAUGAAAAGUGGUCUCCAUCAACAUGGGCUGCAUCACAUAUGGACCCUGAUGAUCACCUCUUUGCAUCAUGCAAUGGCUUGCUUUGCUUCUACAAGACAUACACACUCAAGAUAUCUAACCCUGCAACAGGUCAAUGCCUGCAUCUCUUGAAACCUGAUGGGAUAUUGUUGCAUGACUUCCACUAUCUAUACAGCUUUGGAUUUCAUCCGAUUACUGGAGAAUACAAGCUUGUGCACUUUCUCCGUGAGCCCCAACGCUAUAAAUCAGGACAGCCUUUCCAUUUUGACAUCAUUCAAGUGUACACCCUUGGUGAAGACAAAUGGAGAGCUAUCAAAGCUCCUAUACCAUGCUGCAUGGUGCAUCUUGGAGUUGUAAAUGUGGAUGGAGAGAUGUAUUGGCUAACAGAAGAUGAAGGAACAAGCUGCGGCAUGGCAGUUGUAUCAUUUGAUCUCAGGGAAGAAAUGUUUGCAUUGAUUCAACUUCCAGCAUUGGAAGUGAAAGAGACAGCCUCUUGUGCCACCCCCAAAGUUGCUUACUAUAUGACUGAGAUAGAUGACAAGGUGUGUGUAGUGACUAUGUCAUACCAAAGCCAUGCUCCGAGGUGGCGCCGAUACAACGCAGAGCUUUCAGGUAGGACUGACAUUUGGGCUCUUGAAAGUGACAAGUGGUUCCUGAAAUAUAGCAUCCAGUCACCAUCUCUAUCCCGGUAUGUUCCUCAGCCAUGCUUCAUCCACAGGGAGAAGAUCAUACUGCAGGACCGUGACAGUAAUGUGUGGUACCAUGAUUUGCGAGGCAAGACUGUGCAGAUUGAGCAUGGAGAGGAGGUGAAGCUUUUGCACCUUGGUGACUACAGAUUCUAUGAGACGCAGUCCUAUUUCUACAAGGAGACACUUGCUCCCUUGAGCAUUUAUGCCAGAGCAGCCAUUGUUCGUGCACCGCCUGUGCCUCUUGCUCCUUCAGUUGCUUCAAAUUAG